AUGAGUAUCACAAAAAUGGCGAAUUCGACGGUCUCUGAAACUAGUACAAUUUCUAAUGUUAUGUAAGUUCGGAGAAACAUGUAAAAUUCAAAGAAAUACAAAAAAUCCAAUUCAUUGUCCAGAACUGUCAAACGGAUUUCCACCGUGCUCACAAGCACCUCAGCCUAUUCAACGACGUGUACACAAAAGAACAAUAUAAUUCUGGGAGUGAUCGUCGGAAUCCUCCUCUUUUCGGCGGUUCUUCUGGCGUGUUGCUGUCUGUGCCGUCCGAAUAAACCGACCGGCAAACGAGGAAAAAUGUGA